AUGGCUCACGAGUCCUUCGAUCCCUCUCAAGCCGCCGUCUUCAACGAGUUUAGCCAUAAGAAGGAUAAUACCUUUGAGGUUUGCUACUUUGCUAUCCACGGUUUCGCCACUGUCACUUGUCCCAUCCUCGCAGCCGCUGGUGCAAAGCUCACCAACAUUUCCCCUGACGACAAAUGGCAAAAAGAAAAGGCCAAGGCGCCCUUUGGUGAAAUUUCGGCCGAUGGCAAGACUGCCCUGCAGGCUGCAGAGCCUGAUUCAAUUGGACGUUACUUGGCUCGCAAAUUUGGUUUCUAUAGUUCCAAUUUGUUUGAAGAGACUGCCAUCAACACCUUUGUCUCUCAAGGAGCUUCAGGAGGAGAACAAGUGCUGAUUGAAGGCUCUAUCAUCACUUGGAUCAUAUACAAUGAACAGCACUUGAAGGAUAAUGGAAGCAACGGUCAUUUCGUUGAUGAUAAGUUGACUUAUGCUGAUUUCAAAGCCUACUUCCUGAUCUACGCUUUGGAGUUCAUCACUGCGAAGAAGGAUUUGAUCCUGCACGAGAAGACCCUUGCUAUCUGGAAGGUCAAGGAGGCUGUUGACUUAGAUCCUUCAGCAAAGGCUUGA